AUGUUGCCCUUCGCCUUUCCCGUCGCCCUUCCUCUCUCGUUGCCCUUCCUCUCUCCCAUUGCCCUUCCUCACUCCCGUCUCCCUUCUUCUUCCGCCUCCCGCCGCCCUCGCGUCCCAUCGCAAUCGCCUUCCCAACUCACUCCCGCCGCCCUCGUGUCCUUGUUCCCGUUCCCUCGCUCUCUCUCCCUCCCUUCCCGUCGCCCUCGCUCUCUCCCCUCCCUUCCCGUCGCCCUCGCCCUCUCCCCCCAUUUUCCGUCGCCCUCUCUCUCUCCCCUCCUUUUCCGUCGCCCUUAUUCUCUUCCCUCCCUUUCUGUCGCCCUUGCUCUCUCCCCUCCCUUUCCGUCGCCCUCGCUCUCUCCCCUGCCUUUCCGUUGCCCUCGCUCCAACUCAUCUCACCCUCCCCAAUGCCCCUCCCAUCACCCUACCAUUCCGCGGAUUUUGCUCACGUACAUCUACUCUCAUUUCUGUUGCACCAUCUGUUCUUCUCUCGUCCUCUGA